AUGGCUUUUAGAGGACGUCCAACAACGAGACCGGGAUUUGUGAGCUCUGCCAACGACAGCGCUCAAUCCCAGGUCUCGGACGGUCUCGGCCAACUCCAAAUGGAGGAAGAAGACUGCAAAGCAGAAAACGAUUUCCUGUCCGACUACAACAACAAGCUCCAUCUUAAAGUUGUUGAGCUUGAGGAGGAAUUGAGCAUAUUUUUGAUGAUAAACCAGAACCUGUACUCACAAAGAACUGAGCUGGAAAAGCAGGUCCAGCAGCUGCAGGAGGAGAAUAAGGCCCUCAGCCAGACAAAGAGAAACAACAAGAAUCUGGGCCUUAAAGUUGUUGAACUGGAAGAGCAGGUCCAGCAGCUGCAGGAGGAGAACAAAGCCCUCCAUGGAGAACAUUCUGGCACACAAGACACACAAGACCAAGAGUGUGCAGAACUCAAGAGAGAGGUGGAAAACGAGAAGGAAAAGGAAGCCGCACAGAAAAAAGAGCUGCAAGAGGAGACGAAUCAAUGA